UCAGGGCUGAGGUUGCACCACAAACAAACGAGCAUGAGUGCAUUCCCAGCAUCUACCACCCCAAACAUUGGGCCAGAAUACUAUGAAAGUUCAUCCAAAUGGUCCAAGGAAAUUCUUGUGACAAAAGAUCCAGUCUUUGUGAACCGCACAGUCAUAAACGGACACUAUAUUGGAAGAAAGCCCCAUAAUUACAUCCCGUUGGCAAUUAUAGCCUCUAUUUUAAAUCCACUCAUUGGUCCCAUAGCCAUCGUUUUUGCAAUUAUGUCCACUCGCUCCUAUUAUGAUGGUGAUAUGAAGUACGCAGAAAAAUGGGCAGAUUACGCAUUUAAGAUGGCAAUGGCCACUCUAGGCAUCACGAUCAUUCUUGGAGUGGCAAUUGGUUUCACACUCAGCAAUGUUGGCACGAAGGGUGGACAUGCACCAUAAUCUUAAAGGAUCUGAAGAAAAUGGACUAUAUAAUUAUGGAAACAUAUUUAUGCAUUAAAGGUCAUCGUUAAUCAAGAGAGGCCGUUCAGUGUGAAUGAUCAGUGUUUUUAACCAGGAAAAUAUUUCCAUUUUCUGUCAACGGCACGAUUUUCAUGCGGGUAUCAUGUUGCUUUCCAUUAAACAGUACUUGAUAAUGUCAAGCAUGCAAUGAACAUUAGAUUUUCAUAUUCCAUUAUGGUGAUGACAUUUAUAGUGAGAAAAAAUUCUGUGACAUUUCAUGCCCUCUCAGUGAUUCAUGUAAAAUUCAAAAUCCCUUUUUUUCCCCUCUUACCAAAUUACAGCAGCUGCUUUCUCGUGCCUCAUGAAGGACAUUGAUUAUAUUCAUAAACUUGACCCACAGCCUGUGGUUAGUAUUACCCUGUAACUUUUUAAAAUGUCUUAACAUAUAUAUAUAUAUUAUAGAAUACCAUGUAUGUCAUGUAUUUUACUCUGUCUUAAUUCACUCCUUUUACAUGGAUAAGAUAAAACCAUUGUAAAUAC